GGCGGAGCCUCAGGGCGAGACGCCGGAUCUGAUCCCCGUCCCGCAGGCUAUCUCACGCAUGGCGGACUGCCCAGGGUCGGGCUCCGCCGGCCGCAAGGCCGGGACUCGCCGCCGCUCUCGAAACGCCGCAGGUACUAAACAGACAAGUACUUUGAAACAAGAAGAUGCUUCUAAAAGGAGAGCAGAACUAGAAGCAGCUGUGAGAAAGAAGAUUGAAUUUGAGAGAAAAGCUCUACAUAUCGUUGAACAGCUUUUAGAAGAGAAUAUUACAGAAGAAUUCCUAAUGGAGUGUGGGAAGUUCAUUACACCUGCUCACUACAGUGAUGUCGUGGAUGAACGUUCUAUUGUCAAACUCUGUGGUUAUCCUUUAUGUCAGAAGAAGCUGGGAACUGUACCAAAACAGAAAUAUAAAAUUUCUACCAAAACCAAUAAAGUCUAUGAUAUUACUGAAAGAAAGUCUUUUUGCAGCAAUUUUUGUUAUCAAGCAUCUAAGUUUUUUGAAGCACAAAUUCCCAAAACUCCAGUGUGGGUUCGAGAAGAAGAGAGCCAUCCCGAUUUUCAACUGCUAAAGGAAGGACAAAGUGGCCAUUCUGGAGUAGAAGUAGAGUUAUGCAGUAAAGCCAUUAAAACAUCAGAUAUAGACAAUACUAGCCACUUUGAAAAGCAAUAUGAAUCUAGUUCUUCCAGCACUCAUAGUGAUAGUAGCAGUGAUAAUGAGCAAGACUUUGUUUCCUCCAUUCUACCAGGAAACAGACCAAAUUCAACAAGUAUUAGACCACAGCUGCACCAGAAAAGCAUAAUGAAAAAGAAGGCUGGUCACAAAGCUAACUCCAUACACAAAGAACAGACAGUAGUAGAUGUCACUGAGCAGUUAGGCAAUUGCAAAUUAGAUAGUCAGGAGAAAGCUGCUACAGGUGAACUUCCCUUACAGAAAGUAAAUACUGAGAAUUCUCCAAAUAGUACUUUGCCUGAAAGAUUAAAAGCUUCAGAAAAUUCUGAAAGUAAAUACAGUAGGUCAGAAAUAACUCUAGUAGGCAUAAGUAAGAAAAGUGUGGAGCAUUUUAAGAGAAAAUUUGCCAAAUCAAACCAAGUGUCUAGGUCAGUAUCUGGUUCAGUGCAGGUGUGUCCUGAAGUUGGAAAGAGAAACUUACUUAAAAUUUUGAAGGAGACUUUGAUUGAGUGGAAGACAGAAGAAACUUUGAGGUUUUUGUAUGGCCAGAAUUAUGCUUCUGUGUGUCUGAAACCCGAAGCCUCUCUGGUUAAAGAAGAACUUGAUGAAGAUGACAUAAUCUCAGAUCCACAUAGUCAUUCGCUUGCCUGGAGGGAAUCUCAGAACAGCUUGGAUGAGUCUUUACCUUUUAUGGGCUCAGAUACAGCCAUUAAACCACUGCCAAGUUACGAGAACUUGAAAAAAGAAACUGAAAAGUUAAAUCUGAGGAUCAGGGAGUUUUAUAGAGGACGGUAUGUUUUGGAUGAAGAAACCACCAAAUCACAAGACUCAGAAGAGCAUCAUUCCACCUUUCCACUGAUAGACUCAAGUUCCCAGAACCAGAUUAGAAAACGCAUCGUACUUGAAAAGCUGAGUAAAGUAUUGCCUGGACUUCUGGGUCCUCUUGAGAUUACGUUGGGAGAUAUUUACACACAACUUAAAAAUCUUGUUCGAACUUUCAGGUUAACAAACAGAAAUAUUAUACACAAACCUGCGGAAUGGACUUUAAUUGCUAUGGUGUUGCUGUCAUUACUGACCCCAAUUCUUGGCAUUCAGAAACAUUCUCAUGAAGGUAUAGUGUUUACACGGUUUCUAGACACCCUGCUUGAAGAGUUACAGCUAAAGAAUGAAGACCUUGAAAGUUUAACCAUCAUAUUUAGAACCAGCUGUUUGCCAAAGUGAUAUAUUUGAAGACGAAAUAGAAGAUGAACUUCUAUUCACCGUUUCUGGAAUUCUAGCCAUCAUGACGGUCUGGUGAUGACUGAUAACUAGCUUUAUUCCAAGUCAGAUCUUUAUGUCUUUAAGUUUCAACCUCCCAUCUCCCAGUCCCUCAGUCUCCAACUGCAGAGGAUGACCUCCCCAGAUAGAGGAGAAUCAUUACUCCAACAGGGAUAACCAAGUCUUUGCAUCCCUAGCUGUAAGACAUAGUAUUUUUAUUUGAAAAUGAAUGUUUAAGUGUUAAAUUGAAACUUCAAUGAAUAUUCAAGAAAAUAUAAUGAUCUUUAAUUUUUCUGGAUGAUUCCAGCCAUCAUAUCACUUUAUCAAAAAAGUGAGAAAAAUUACCAUUUUGGCCUCCCCAUCUAAACUCUAAAUUCUAAAGAUUAGCAAACAGUGAGGUCAAUAAAUGCAAUUUAAGAUGAAGCCCUUUGGAAGUCUAGUUUAAAAUAGGAGAAUCUCAGAACUUUCUGGACUCAGGGAAAUGUUUUAAAUGGAAUCUGUAGUUUGUUUUCAGGAGAGACAAUUUCUAGAAUUUAGACUGCUUUUCAAAAUAUGUAUCAAGUAGGGAGUUUCUUUAAAAGAAAGUUAGGCAAGUUAGCAGUUGAGGGGGACUUUACUGGAAGGCCAGUAAACUUUAGGGAACUUUACUGGAAGGCCAAGAAAAUACUCUGGGACACUGGAAAAAAUGACAGCUGCUGAUGCCCAAUCACAAAAAAGGACCAGAAAGCAGCCUUCUGCAAUGGGGAGCUUAGUGGGCAAGGAGAUAUGGAUAUGAUUUUUCGUGGCUCCACCAAUAAUUACUCUGUGGCCCAGUCUAAACUUUCUGGACUUCAGUUCAGGUUGUAUGACAGUAAGCCAUAGAAUUGGCUACGGCCAUACAAUCUCUACGGGAAAGAACUGCAAAAACUAAACUUUGUCUCUGUAUGGACAAAGGCUACUGUCACCCUGUUGUUGGUCUGGGGCCAUUUUGACUUUUUUUUUUUUUUUUUUUAACCUUGUUUGACUGUAAGAGUCUAAUCACAACAAAAAAUCAUAGUGUACUGGAAUUAAGUUCAGCAAGGUAAAUUGUGUUUUUCGAUCCUGAAAACUCCAAAAUAAAGUUAAGAAAAUUUUAUCACAGUGGCACCAAAGAGAAUUAAAUACUUAGGAAUAAAAUUUAACAAAAGUAGUAUAAGACUUGUAUAAUGAAAAUUAUAAAACAUUCGAGAGGACUGGCCAUAGUGGCUCAUGCCUGUAGUUCCAGCACUUUGGGAGGCUGGGGCAGGAGGAUUGCUUGAGCCCAGGCGUUCAAGACCAGCCUAGGCAACAAAGUAAGACCCUGUCUCCACUAAAAAUAAAAAUAAUUAGCCAGACAUGGUGCUGUAUGCCUGUAGUCCCAGCUACUUGAGAGGCUAAGUUGAGAGGACUGCUUGCAGCCUGGGCAACAGAGCAAGACCCUGUCUCAAAAAAAAAAAUUCAGAGAGCUUAAAGAUGGUAUCAAGAAAUGUAGACACAAUCCAUGUUCAUGAAUUGGAAGAUUAAAUGUUGUUGAGGUAGCAGUUCUCCCCAAAUUAAUCUAUAAUGCAGUCCCUAUCAAAAUCACAGCAGGCUUUUUUGAAAAACUGACAAGGCAAUCCUAAAAUUUGUAUGAAAACAUAAAAGAUUCAGAAUAGCCAAAGUAAUUCUGAAAAUGAGGAAAUAAUUCUGAUCCAGAACUUAUUACCAAAGCUACAUUAAUCAAGACAGUGUGGUACUCAUAUAAAGAUAGGCAUACAGAUCAGUGGAACAGAGUCCAGGAAUAAACCUUCACAUUUAUGAUCAAUUGAGUUUGACAAAAAUGCCAGUGGAAUUUAAUGGAGAAAAGAUGGUCUUUUCAACAAAUGGUACGAGGACAUUUGUAUAGCAAAUGCAAAAUAGAUUAAUUUAGAUUCUUACCUCCUAGCAUAUGCAAAAAUAAAUUCAAAACUGAUUGCAGACCUACAUGUGAGCUAAAACUAUAAAACAUGUAGACAAAAACAUGGGAGAAAAGCUAGAUGACCUUGGUUUAGGAGGAGUUAUUAAGACCCUAACAGCACAAUUCAUAAAAGAAAACAUCAAUAAGUUGAACUUCAUCAAAAUAUAAAACUUUUCUUUUAAAAAAAUGCUGUUAAGAAAAUUAAUUGGCCCAGGGAGUUAGUUCACAUCUGUAAUCCCCACACUUUGGGAGGCCAAGGCAGGUGGACCAAUUGAGCUCAGGAGUUUGAGACCAGCAUGGACAUAGCAAAAUCCCAUCUUUACAAAAAAAUACAAAAAGUAACCGGGCAUGGUGGCAUGCUCAUGUAGUCCUGGCUACUCAGAAGGCUGAGGUGGGAGGAUCUGGGAGGCAGAGGUUGCAGUGAGCUGAGAUCACACCACUACACGCCAGCCUGGGUGACAGAGUGAAACCAUCUCAAAAAAAAAAAAAUUGAAAACCACAGACUGGGAGAAAAUAUUUUUCAAAUAAUAUAUGGUAUCUGAUAAAGUACUUGUAUCUAGACUAUGUAAAGAAUUUUUAAAACUCAAAUAUAAGGCAGACAACUUUAAAAUGGACAAAAUGAAUAGAUAUUUCAGCAAAGAAGAUAUACAAAUGGCUUAGCAUAUGAAGAGAUGUGUACUAUCACUUUAGACCCACUAAAAUGACUGUAAUAAAAAAGACAGACAAAGAUAAGUGUUGGUGAGGAUGUGGAGAAACUGGAACCCUAAUGCAUUGCUGGUAGGAAUACAAAAUGGUGUUUCCACCUUGAAAAAUAGUUUGGCAGUUUCUUUCAAACUCCUGGGCUCAAACAAUCCUCCUGCUUCAGCUUCCUCCGUAACUGGGACUGCAGAUGGGCACCAACACACCCAGCUUUUUUAAAAAUUUUUAUUUUCAAUAUUUUUUAUUAAAAAAUAAUUUUACAUAUUUGUGGGGUACAUAUUUCGAUAUGUACAAAGUAUAGUGAUCAGAUAAGGGUAAUUAGCAUGUCCAUCAUCUCAAACAUUUAGUUCAUGUCCUUUGCAGGGACAUGGAUGAAACUGGAAACCAUCAUUCUCAGCUUCGUUUUUUGUUUUUUUUUUAAACUGAUGGAUUUCUUUAAAUGAUAUAUCUAUACAAUGGAGUAGUGAUAUAUGCUACAAUAUGGAUGCAUCUCAAAAAUGUUAUGCUUAGUGAAAGAAGUCUGAUGCAAUACUCCACAUAUGGUAUGAUUCCAUUUACAGUCCAGAAGAGGCAUAUGUCUAAAGCAGAUACUAAAUUAAUGGUUGCAUGGGUCUGAUGUAAAAACAUGGAUUGCCUGAAGAUGGGCACAAGGGAUCUUUCUGGGGUGACAAAAAUGUUCCAAAACUAAGUUGUAAUUUUUGCACAACUUUUUUUUUUUGACUCAGUUUCACUCUUUAUGCCCAGGCUUAAGUGCGGUGAUCUCGGCUCUAGGUGGUUCAAGCAAUUCUCCUGCCUCAGCCUCCCAAGUAGCUACAAUUGCAGGCAUAUGCCACCAUACCUGCUAAUUUUGUAUUUUUAAUAGAGACAGGGUUUCUCCAUAUUGGUCAGGCUGGGCUUGAACUCCCGACCUGUACACUUAAAACAGGUGAAGUUUAUGUGUAUAAAUUAUACCUUAAACUAUUAAAAAUCAUAGAUGAUGACAGGGCCUCUCUCUCUGACCUAGUGACACCUAUCAGGAUAAACAGAAAGAGAAGCUGGCCAGACACAGAGGCUCACACCUGUAAUCCCAACACUUGGAGAGGCCAAGAUGGGCUGAUUGCUUGAGUCCAGGAGUUUAAGACCAACCUGGGCAACAUAGCAAAACUCUGUCUCUACUAAAAAAUAAAAAAAUUAGCCAGAUACAGUGGCAUUCGCCUGUAGUCCCAGCUACUCAGGUCAGAGGUGGGAAGAUCACUUGAGCCCAGGAGGCAGAGGGUGCAGGGAGCCAGGAUUGCACCACUACACUUCAGCCUGGGUGACAGAGCAAGACCCUGUCUCAAAAAUUAAAAAAAUGAGAGCAGCUGGUGUAUCUUUACUUUUUCCCUUUCUGUGCCCAGAGAUACCUCUUCAGUUAUUUCCCAUACCUUACAGGUCUAGAGGCCUCAGGUGAGCAGCCAGUAACUUAGUAUAAAAAGUAGGGAUCCAAGUGGACCACUGCCACCAGGUCACCUCAGGGCCAGCUUCUUUGGGAGGUUACUGCAUCUGCCUACCACAUAUUCCUGCCAAGUUUAUGUUAGUUUGGGAGGACUGAGGCAGAAUUUAGUUCAAAGUACUUUGUGAGAUUUUUGUUUCUAAAUAUUGUCCAAUAAAAAAGAACCCAGGCUCCUUUUAAUACCAGAAAGUAAGCAAGUGCUCAAAAACAAGAUGAUAGAAGCAUGUCAGAGAGACACAGGAGCCAAUCUGAAAGAGCUCCUUGGCCAAGCAUGGUGGCUCAUGCUUGUAAUCCACAAAAUAAUAUAGUAUUGAAUUAUAAUGUUAUACCUAAAGUAUAAAAUAUAUAUGAAUCCAUACUGAUACAAACAAUUGAAUAAAUACAUGAAAGACAAGAGACAAUCUGUACAGAAUAAUUCCCAAUAUAUGAAGAGCCUUUCUGCACUACCCCAAAAGGGGUCCAAAAUAUGGUUCUGGGCUCCUGUCAUAAAUAAAGGGAAACUUUCACAAUGUCUAGAGCCCUUGAUGUCCUACAGAUAAAGGAGGAGGAGAUCCUCAAAUUCCUUGUAGCAGAAGCUCAGGUAGCAUCAACCUUGACUUCCAGAUGGAAUAGUACACCUACCAAAAGGUAGACUGAUGUUAUCUAUAUCAUAAAUCUGAAAAGGACCUGGGAGAAAUUUCUGCUAACAGUUCAUACCAUUGUUGCCACUGAAAACUCAUCUGAUGAUGUGUACAAAAAAAUAGUAAGAAAAAAUGAAUAAGACCUAGUAUUUGCUAGCACAACAGUGUGACUGCAAUUAAAAUGAUUGUAAAUUUUAAGGCUGGGCAUGGUGGCUCAUGCCUGUAAUACUGGGAGACUGAGAUGAGAGGAUGAGUUGAAUUCAAGAGUUAGAGACCAGCCAUUAGAGACCAGCCUGGGCAACACAGACCCCAUCUCUACAAAAAAAGUAAACAAUUAGCUGGGCAUGGUGACACCCAUCUAUAGUCCAAGCUACUUAGGAGGCUAAGGAUUGCUUGAGCCCAGGAGGUCAAGACUUCAGGGAGCCAUGAUUGUGGCACUGCACUCCAGCCUAGACAACAGAGUGAGACUGUCUCAAAAAAAAAUGAAUAAAAUUUUAAAGUAACUGAAGAGUAUAACAGGAUUGUUUGUAACACAAAGGAUAAAUGCUUGAGGUGACAGAAACCCCAUUUACCCUGAUGUGAUUAUUAUACAGUGCAUGCGUGCACCAAAAUAUUUCAUGUAACCCAUAAAUAUAUACAUCUACUAUGUACCCACAAAAAUUAAAAAAAAAUUUUAAAAAGAAAACCCCAUUGAUGUCAGUGCCAUAUUCUUCAGGAAUACUGGCCAGCAGCAGGCUGUGCUGAAAUUUGCUGCUGCACUGGAGCCAUUCUUAUUGCUGGACACUUCACUCCUGGACCUUCACUAACUAGAUCCAGGCAGCCUGCUGGGAGCUCCAUCUUCUGGAGGUUACUGAUAACAGGGCUGAUCUCCAGCCUCUCAGAGGCAUCUUAUAUUAACAUACCUACUAGUACUCUGUGUAACAGAUUAUUCACUGUGCUAUGUGAUCACUGCCAUCCAUGCAGCAAUAAGGGAGAUCACUCAAUGAGUCUGAUAUGGAUGCUGGCUCAAGAAGUUCUGCAUAGUCUAUGAUCACCUAUGGGAAGUCUUGCCUCAUCUCUACUUCUGUAGAAAUCCUGAAGAGACUGAAAAGGAAGAGCAGGCUGAUGCUGAAAUGGCUGUGACCAGGAGCACUUGUAGGGUGAAUAGUCUGCUCUGGCUCCUGAGUUGACUCAUUUUCAACCCAAGGUUGCAGGCUGGUCUAAAAUAACCAGUCUGUUGUUCAGUCUCGGAUUCUGCUGACUCAGCCUGCACUGUCUCCUCUCCAAAACACGACUCCCUAAUCCCCAUGUGGCAUUCUUCAUCAUUGAAGUAAAGUGUUGCCUUCAAUAAAGCACAGCCCUGGGGUUUUCUCAUGAACUCUCAAGUUUCAAAGAAUAGGAAGAAAUGUUUUAUGAACACACUAUUGCUCUUUCAGGGAAGAAGCCUUAAAUUCUAUGUAGCUUUUACUAUGGAAAGUAUAGACAGUGUGACAGUUUCACUUUUCACUUAAAUACUUGAGGAACAAGUACAUAUCCUAUUAUAACUAAGAGGAUGAUGACUUAAAAACUUGUCCUUGGGAUAUUUCCAUUCCCAUGAGAUUCUCAAACACUUAAAACUCCCACUAGGUGACACGGUGGGUGGAUCACUUGAGGUCAGGCGUUCGAGACCAGCCUAGCCAACAUGAAAUGCCAUCUCUACUAAAAAUACAAAAAAUUAGCUGGGCAUGGUGGUGUGUGUCUAUAAUCCCAGCUACUAAGGAGGCUGCGGCAGGAGAAUUGCUGGAACGUGGGAGGCAGAGGUUACAGUGAGCUGCGAUUACACCACUGCACUCCAGCCUGGGCAGCAAGAGCAAAACUCCAUCUCAAAAAAACAAGGCGGGGUGUGGUGGCUCACGCCUAUAAUCCCAGCCCUUUGGGAGCCCGAGGCGGGUGGAUCACGAGGUCAAGCAAUCGAGACCAUCCUGGUCAACAUGAUGAAACCCCGUCUCUACUAAAAAUAUACAAAAAUUAGCUGGGCAUGAUGGCACAUGCCUGUAGUCCCAGCUACUCGGGAGGCUAAGGCAGGAGAAUUGCUUGAACCCAGGAGGUGGAGGUUGUGGUGAGCCGAGAUCGCACCAUUGCACUCCAGCCUGGGUAACAAGAGCGAAACUGCAUCUCAAAAAAAAAGGAAAAAACAAAAACACUAGACUUACCAUACUUAGUGGAGUCUUUUUUUUUCUUUUUUUCUUGUUUUUUGAGACAGAAUUCCGUUCUUAUUGCCCAGGCUGGAAUGCAAUGGCACAGUCUCCACUCACUGCAACUUCCACCUCCUGGGUUCAAGCAAUUCUCCUGCAUCAGCCUCUCAAAGAGCUGGGAUUACAGGCAUGCACCCCCAUGCCUGGCUCAUAUUUUUGUAUUUUUAGUAGAGACAGGGUUUCACUAUGUUGGCCAGGCUGAUCUCAAACUCCUGACCUCAGGCGAUCACCCUCUAUGGCCUCCCAAAGUGCUGGGAUUACAGGCGUGAACCACUGCGCCUGGCCAAUGGAGUCUUUUUAAGGUGUUAUUUAGUAUCUUCUGCUUAUAAUCAUGUCAAAAAACGAUCUUCCUACUCAUUAGGGGACAAGAUCAAUUCUCCUAGCCCAAGGUAAGUGGUACUAUUCUGAAAUUUGAAAAUCUUUAAUAGCUUCACAUUAUAAGCCCUGGUAGAAAAAGAAAAGUAUGCAUUUCUAGAAGUCCAUUUUUGCUGGACUGAGGAUGGGGCAGAGAGCAGGGGUGACAUUCAUCUGAAAUAUACCUAGAGAGGCCAGAGUCUGAGAUUGGGACUUCACCACCCAGGCCAAGAAGCACACUCCAGUGUGCAUGCACUAUCAGCAAAUUCCUCUUCUGUGCAGCACAAGCUGGAGGAUAAGUAUGGGGCAGGGACUGCAUGGGGCUGCCUGUGUGAUUCCUGAUGAAGAAAUGCCUUGAUGAAAUUUAUCGUUCCCCAAUAAAGCUCAUUUUCUGUGAGAAUUCAUUUGUCCUUUUCCAAAUUAAACUAGCAAAAUAUGAACUUAUAAAAUGUCCUCAGCCAGCCAGUUUUCUACCCUAAAUUUUCAGGCUGCUGCCUGUCCUUCCCUCAGCAAAAAUACUGUGUUUUGGAAGAAAGGAACUGUGAAGUGGAAUUGGAUCAAAAUACCUUUAAAUGAAAGCAGCAGCACAAGCCAUUCCCUCUAAAUGAGCUAGCUUCACCUCUGGGGCCUAUGGAGAAAAACCUGCUCCAAGGUGAUAGUUUUUGUUGUUUCCCAGCACCUCUGCAGUCAUAACCAAAGUGAAGAACAAUAUUGCAUGACUUCAGAAGAAAGCCAGCCAGCCGACUUGCAACAUGUUCAGGAAAUUCUGCACUCCCCUUGGGGCUUGCAAAACUCCCUGUGUCUUGCAGACCAAAAGCAAGUUCUCAGUCACCUAUCUCUAGUUUGCAUAAUAAAAGAAAUUAGAAGCUGGUUGUUUUCUGGGUGACCCUUGACCCCAACCAAGCUCAUAAGGACUUGUGACAGAAAUAGGAUAGCAAUAAAAUGAAGUGUUAACAGCAGUGAACAUUUUUUUAUCAUUUAGAUGAGCAAGAAAGGCCAGCCCUCUGGAUACCCACCCUGACCCCUACCUACUAGGGUCAUACAUCCAAAGCAGUAUCCACUUCAGGUAUUGUAGUGUUUUGAAGUUGACACACAUAGUCUAAUGUAAUUUCAUAUCAUAAUUUAUAAGACUUUUCAGAGAAACAGUUUAUUAAUAUCUUCUGUAAUACCUAUCUUCAUUUUUUAUAUGAAAAAGCAUAGCCUAUGAUCUGUCACCUUGCUCACUCCCACAUUCUUACAUCAUAUCCUUCUCACAUUGUCCCAUUAAGACAUUAUCUAUCUUUGGGGGAAAAAAUAAAGACACUAAAUUUUAGACAGAGUUACUUUCACUAUGGCCAUAUGGGAGAAAAGACAGUCCACCUUCAAAGUCAACCAGAAUGGCUCUAACCUCUCUUGUCUUGGUUGGGCAUCCAGAUAAGAUUUUCUUUGUACAGAGUCUUGCUACUAGGAAAAAGUUUGAAAAUCACUAGUCUAACUAAAUCUCUCACUUUAAAAAAAGCACAAACUAAGACCCAGAGAGAUUUAUCUUCCACAAAAUUCAGCAAGUUUUAGCAGAGCAACUGCUAAAACCCAGGUCUCAAACUCCUUGUCUAUGGCUCAUCUAACUAAGCAACAAAAAGCCCAAUGAGCUUUGGGGAGAGAGAGGGAGCUAAAACGACUCAAUCAAAACCCACUUGGGAUUAGGGAGCCCACCCUGCGUUGAGUGAGCUCAAUUGAGAUUCCCUCCCAUUCACCCUGGCUUCCUUUGCAGAACAAGGAUCACUGCCACAGGAAGAGCUUAGUUUGUGGAGGGUUCCUUGUUGGAGUCAGAGUACACCUUGGUUUUGUUUUGUGGGGUUUUUUGAGACAGGGUCUCAUUGUCACUCAGGCUGGAGCACAGUGGCAAUCAUAGCUCACUAUAUCCUCAAACUUCUUGCCUCAAGCAAUCUUCCCACCUCAGCCUCCAGAGAAGCUGGGACUAUAGGCACACACCACCAUGCCCAGCUAAUUUGUAUUUUAUUUUUGUAGCAACAGGGUCUCACUAUGUUACCCAGGCCUCAAGCACUAUGUUACUCCUGGCCUCAAGCAUUCCUCCCACCUUGGCCUCCCAAAAUGCUGAGCUUAUAAGUGUCAGCCACUGUGGCGAGUCACACUUUGGUUUUAAGGUCCAGAAUUUUUUUAUAUGGAGCCUUCACACUUGGUGUCAGAUUGAGAGACCAUGAACCCACCAAGCAGCCCUUUGGCUCAGAGUUUGGAAAAACAACUCUGUUGCUUUAGGAAUUUCUCUUGGAAAUCCUCUAAGUCAGAGAAGGAAAAUUUACCAAAUGGGAGAGUGUAUUUGUCUGUUCUCACACUGAUAUAAGGAAAUACCCCAGACUGGGUAAUUUAUAAAAGAAAGAGGUUUAAUUGACUCACAGUUCCACAUGGUUGCAAAAGCCUCAGGAAACAAUCAUAGCAGAAGGUGAAGGGGUAGAAAGGCACCUUCUUCAUUGGGCAGCAGAAAGAAGUGGCGCAGAGCAAAGUGGGGAAAAGCCCCUUUAAAGCUAUCAGAUCUCGUGAGAACUCACUAUCACGAGAACAGCACUGGGGAACCACCCCCAUGAUCUAAUCACCUCUCACGAGGUCCUGCCCCCAACACAUGGGGAUCACAAUUCAGAUUACAAUUCAACAUGAGACUUAGGUGGGGACACAGAGCCAGACCAUAUCAGAGAAAAAGCUAUUAAUGAAAACCUUUCUAACUCACUUCUGUAAAGAUCAGUUCAGUAAAACCAGCAAACACACGUACUUUGCUCUCCUUGUGAUUCAAGCCUUGAAUUUUUUGUGGAAAGUAACACACCAUGAAAGCAAGCUAUUCAUAUUGGCAAUAAAGGUAAAAAUCUCUGUGGAAUAAGGGCCAUUUUUAGAAAAACAAUACUUUACUACUUCUAGUAGCUUUUUUGUAGAAUUCUUAGGACUUUCUACAUACAUAAUCAUGUCAUCAGCAAAUAAAGAUUAUUGUACUUGUUCUUUGUAAACCCACAUGUCUUGCCUUAUUGCCCUGGUUAGGACCUUCAGAAAAAUGUUGGAUAUAAGUGGUGAAAACACACAUCUUCCCCUUGUUCCUAAUCUUAAAGGGAAAGUACUCAGUCUUUUGCCAUUAAGUAGUACAAUGUAAGCCGUAAAUUUUCCUAGGGACCUUUUCUCAGGUUGAAGUUCCCUGGUAUUCAUAGUUUGCUAAAAGGUUUUUGUCUUUUUAAAUCAGAUAUGGGUGUUGAAUUUUGCCAAAGGCUUUUAAUAUAUCUAUAAAGACGACCCAUGUUUUUUUCCUCCUUAUUUCUGGUAAGGUAAAUUAUACUCAUUGGUAUUUUAAAUGUUAAAUUAACCUUGCAUUCCUAGGAUAAGACACACUGGACCAUGAUGCAUUUUCCUCUUUGUAAAUUGCUUUAUUCAUUUUAUUAUUAGUUUGUUCAUUUUAUUAUUAGUUUGCCUAUGUUUGUGAAGGAUAUUGGUUUGUAAUUUUUCUUAUACUGUCUUUGUCUGGUUUUCAAAUCAGAGUAAUACUGGCCUAAUAAAAUGAGUUGUAAAGUGUA